AUUAAAACGCUUGUGAGACAUUGAUUUUUUCUUGUAACUGCCACCUUGACUCCCAAACAGAUCAAUCGUCUAAGUUCUCGGAACCAACAUUCAACAUGUAGUGCUUCAUGCAUAUCAGAAUGAUCAGAUCAAAUUCUACUGUCUACAGCUGUUCAACUUCUAAGGAUUUGAAAAACUUGCUGUCAUGUCUGUCUUUUGAGAAUUGACAGGUGUUUAAAGUAGUUACAUUCUGUGAUAUCAAAUAAUCAGGUUUGAUCUUUCGAGAUUUCUGUGCACAUAAACCAGAUGGUUCUGCAAACACUAAACCAGUCUUAUGCCAGUUUUGCCAGAUCUCUGUCCAGGAUUCUUUUGUUUUUCUUCCGUUUUGCAUGGCAGACUAAGUUUAGUUUACCAUACUUGCUGAACAGCACAAUGCUUGCGCUGGAUUUUAGAGUCAGGGUGGUGAUUCUGCUUUGAGAAUGUGACAUUCAUCAAAGUGGUUUUUAUCAAAUUCCGUCCAAAAAUCUGUGAUAUUAAUCUAUUUCCUUAUUUAUAACCAUGAGUCGCGGUGUGAGGGACUUGAGAGACCUGAUAUGUGUGUCUAGAUUGACAGUUCGAGAUAGUGACGAAGAAGUAAUAUCCGACGAUGAAGUUGUUGUUAAAGACCUUGAUGCACUUUCAAUUAGUAGUGCAAGCUCAGUGGAAAGUCUGAAACGUACAAACUCUGUAGAGCGUCAUGUAUCUCCUGAUUCAGGAUGUGUCACAAACAGCAGCACUCCACCAGAAACUGCCAUUGAGGCUGAUGUUACCCCUAAAAGAACAAAACCUAAAAAGAGGAAAAAAAGAGAUAAAAAACCAAUGUUUGAUAUCAUUCCUGGGACCUUUGACCUCCCAAAAGCAGAAGUAUUACCUCCUGUGGCUUCAACUUCUUAUGGCUCAAUCUUGUCUGAAACUCAGGAUGUUGAUGAUGUGUCCUCCCCUGUGGUCGACAAAAGAGUUAGGUCCAAGGGCACAAACUUUGAUGACAUGAUGUGUUACAUUGAUGCCACUGUUGUGUCUACGUGGCUAGCAAGAGCGAACAAGAGUGUGCAAAAUUUGUGUGAUUUUUGUCUCAAUGCUGAGAAAUUUGUUCAGUUUUCUCAUUUUUGGCUGUCUGACUUCCCUGAUCAACAGAAAAAUGAAAUAUUUGAACUGGAGUAUGAAAUCAUUGUUGAAGAAGCUAACUUUGCAUUUGCUGUAGGUAGAGACCAGAGGAAAGUCAUAAACCGAGACAUCCUCAGCCUUAUAUCCGCCAUAUUUAGAGAAUAUCCAGGAGUGCUGCUAAGUAGCAAAGGGCCAUACAUGUUUUUAGACUAUUUACAUGUCUUGUCAUCUGACAAACACACAAGCUACAAGCGACUGCUUUCAGACGUGAAGUGUUCAACUCGUAACAAACAGUUUGCUCAGUGGAUACUGGCCAUGAGGUCUUUCACUCUUCUGAGCGUGUGGAGUGCUAUUGUGAAUUUUUAUCGCAAUCUUAAAAGAGAUGUUUCACCUGGUCAAGAUCGCUCACUUCUUUCCUCGUCCUCCAAGGAAUCCAUUCACCAUCAGAGAGUAGUUCAGGCCAUUCGGCUGGGAUUUGUGGAUGUCCUGCAUUAUUACAUCACCACUGCUCUCGUGAAUCCUCACUACAAAGACAGUCACAAUAGGACCUAUAUCUUCACAGCAGUGAUGUACAACCAGCCUAGUGUUCUCCAUUAUUUGAUAAACAGGGUGAAGCCUCCGAUUGAUGUGAACUGCCCUGCGGACACUGGAAACACACCACUUCACGCUGCGGCUAACAACGGCAAUGUUAAUUUGGUAACCAUCCUUCUACAGAAUCCCCGAAUUGACAUCAACAGCAAAAACCCACAAUGUGAGGAUGCAACGCCCCUCCAUCUGGCCAUCAUGCUUGGAAAUGAUGAAGUAGUGGAGAAACUGUUAAAAAUGGGAGCCAAUGUGCAGCUGAAGAUGGGGGAUCUAACUGCUCAAGAUAUUGCUAGAGACUUUGGACAUGCAGAACUUUUGCCCCUGCUUACAACUUAAUAAUAUGUCAACAAAUAGUAUAUUUAUUUCUGAACAAUUAGUCAAACAUUUCUUUAAGUUCAACCUAAAGUUGCUUACAUGAAACAGGUGGAUUUUGUGAUUUUCAUUAUAUGGUGUACAUAUAUACAUUUUAUUGAAAACAACAGUAAAAAGUCCCCUAUUUUGUGCCAUGCUUCCAAUUGUCCCAAUUUUAAUUUUUCUUGUUUUAUACACUAUAUUAUGUUUGCGAGUGUCACUUUCGCUUUUGUAAAUAUUAAAUCAUUAUAUUAAUUUGUGUAGUUUGUUCUGUUUUAGUUCAUGAGUUGUUUAAAAUGAAUUGCAAAAUCUUAAAGAUCAAUAACAAAGACACCCAGUACAUGUUUUAAAUGUACCAAUAACCUCAUGUAGUUUGUCAGAUUUUAUUAAAAAAAUGUUUCUUCUAAAACCAUAUAUCCUGACUUCUAUUUCAAAUACAGCUAUAUUGUAGAGACAGAACUAUUUAUAGGAUGAAGUUUGUUGAUUUCAGUUAGUGAUUUGAUAUGGUUUUUGGGU